CGCGCACUUGUCACCUUGACGACAUCAAAAGCUUCAAAAUGGCGGCAGGAAAAGGAACAACGAUCAAAGAGGCUCUCCAGAAAUGGGAGGAGAAAAUGGGAGCAAAAGCUUCAGAGUCAAAAGAAGUGAAGAUUUUUGGUCAAAUACCUCCAAUUGAGAAAAUGGAUGCUUCUUUAUCCACCUUGGCUAGCUGCGAAAAACUGUCAUUGUCUACAAACUGUAUUGAGAAGAUUGCAAACUUAAAUGGUCUGAAAAAUCUGAAAAUUUUAUCUCUUGGAAGAAACAACAUCAAAUCUCUCACAGGACUGGAAGCUGUUGGUGACACACUGGAGGAACUGUGGAUAUCAUAUAACUUAAUAGAAAAGUUGAAGGGAAUCAAUGUGCUUAAAAGAUUAAAGGUCCUAUAUAUGUCAAACAAUCAAGUGAAAGAUAAUAAUGAAUUUGGCAAAUUGGCAGAUUUACCUGUGCUAGAAGAGUUGGUGUUUGUUGGAAAUCCAUUAGAGGAAAAAGAGUCUGCUGAUGGAACAUAUAGAGACACUGUUGCCAAGAAACUCCCCAAACUUAAGAAACUUGAUGGUGUGCCUGUCAUUCGUGAAGAAGCUGAAGAAGAAGGAGAUUAGUGAAAAGUUUGAAUUCGUUAUCAUAUUCCCUGAACAUUCCAGCAAAAAAUAGACUUGCAUUAUACAAACACUGAAUGGACAUAAUGAAGUGAACAAUAUUUACUCAAACUUUAUCAGAUUAGCUAAUUCUUCUGUGGUGCGUUUAAGUUUAUUAACAACUGUUAAUGAAAAUCUCAAGGAAAAUUGUAUACUUGUUUUUUAAGAUGUAUUUUCAAUUCAAAGACAAUAUUGUUAUAAAUAUUUGACUCAGAUUCCACACAAAUCUGUCAUGAAAAAGUUUUUAACUGAAUAAACUGUGACAAUGAA